UCCGGAAUGGGCGAAUAUGACCGAAAUGGGGGUUUUUGGCACCAUUGUGGUCAUCGUCGGAGCCUUUGUCCUCCUCACUUUGGCCGAAAAUCGUUACGACCUCUACUCGGCCAUGGAGCCCCAGUCAGGCUUUGGUCCCAAGGAACCGGAGGUUUACCAACGCUACCUGACCUUCCUGGCCAGUCGCAACGCACUGCCGACUGAAAAGUUGCGCCGUCGUUCAGAACAGACACACACAGAAACCCCCUUCACCAUAGCAUCGUCAGGACAGCAGGCUGGGGAGGCCGGAGCUGACACCGUGGCCUCAACUGCUCCUUGCACUCCACCUGAAGUCGAGAUGCGCGGGCAAGACGGUAUCACUACGUGGCCUGCUCCGGAUGCGCUUGAUGACCCGGCUACGCGUCACAGUGCCACCGAAGAAGAGGAACGACAUUCAGCCUUGCCAGUGACAUACGCCACGUCUAUGGGAGCAGAUCCUAGCACGGCAGCAACGUUUAUCGACGGGAAAGACUCCGCAUCUUCCAAUGAUCAAGAGAAGCACGUGAAACAACUAGAUCGGUGA